AUGGCUGCGGGCGGCGGCCAAGCAGCCCGCGCGGCUGCUGAGCCGCCAUGCGCUGGGGGCUCCCUCUGGCCCGCGAGGCGCUCCAGGCAGGCGGCGGCUCGCGCUGCCUGCGCUGGGCGGCUGCAGGCGGCCCUGGCGCGGGUGACCGACCUCGAGGCGGAGUGCGCGCGGCUCCAGGCGGAGCUGGGCCACGCACUGGACGCUAGCCAGGCGGUGGCCACGGCUGCGGCGCGCGCAGCCGCGCAGGAGGCCCGCGGCUCCGCGGCCCCUGCGGCGGAUGCUGUCCAUGACGGUGGUGAUCUUCCUGGUGCUGGCUCGGGCGGCGACGUCGACAGCUUGUGCGAGGACUCCGCGGACCUGGACGGCAAGAGGGACCCGCUGCUCCGCGCCGCGGUCCCCGAGGUCGUCGCAAGGCUGGCGCUGGUCGCGCCCGUCAUGGCGGCGGACCUCCUCAACGAGCCUGCAGCCACCCUGGACGUCGGGCGUCGGAACGUGGUCAGCCACAACCCGACGAUCUCGGCGGCGGAGGUGCGCAGGCUAUCUCAGCGGGCGCUCAACCGCCUGCAACGCUCGGCUGCUCCGAGGGCACGGCGGGGUCGGCAUGGGGGGCAGCCUCGUCACGGUCGCGGCGCUGGUGUUCGCGGCCGUGGAGCUCUUCCUCCUCUUCGCCCUGCUGGUGCUGGGCCUCCGGUGCGGCUGCGGCCGCCUCGCGGGGCUUCCGGCGCCCUGCCCCACCGGCGCCAGCCCGCGGCUCGCUCGGCCGCCGAGGGCGUGCCGGCUUCCUGGGAGGUCGCCUGCCGCCGAGGGCGCAGCCUCCCAGCGGGCGCCCGCUUCGCUCUCGCUGAUCGAGCGCGUCUUUCGGCUGCCCCCGUGCCCGCCCCGCUCGCCUCGGGGCCCCGCUGGUGGAAAGGGGACCUCGAGCGUGCGGAGCAGGGCUCGGCCAGGCAGCUUGCCUGCCACGAGUUCGGAGGCGGCCUGAAGGAGCUGGACGGCUUCAACCACUCCGCGGCGUGCGCGAGUGCGGCCUCGAGCGCGCCCCCUUCGGCUUGUGACGCGGACUUCGUGGUGGCGGAGGGCCCCGAGGCUCUCGCCGUCGGCGCUGCGGCUGACGACGUCGACGACGGGCAGGGAGACGCCUCCGUGGUGUUCAUCUCGGCCGACGGGCUCGAGGAAGGGCCCGAGGAGGAUGUCGUGGAGGAGGUGCACGGUGACGUGCUGGAGCUGGUGGUGGGGGACGCCGCGGCCCUCGCGCCCGCUCCCCAGCUCGGUGCGGCGGUUCGUGCUCGCCUUCGCCUCGAUCGACUCCGACUUCAGGUCGUCAAGGGUGCCGCGGUGCCCAUCGACGACCGCGACCUCCGCAGACCUGGCUGGCAGGCCGCCGAUGCCGCAGCUGGGGUGGAGGUGCCCCCGACGCCUGCCCAGCAGCGCGAGGGGCUCCGCUGGGUGAGACGGCUUCUCGCUGAUCCUGGGGCCUGGCACGGAGGCGCGGUCUGGGAGCCUGAGUCCAUCGAAGAGGCGGCCAGACGCAUCGACGGCGAGGGCUCGCGCCGCGCCCGCCGUGCCGCUCGCUGA